GUCACCGCCAUCUACUGAGUCCGCCCCACUGGUGAUUCGCGAGGCCGUGAAUGUGGAGGCGUUGCGGCAGCUUUGCAGGUACAGCGGAGUAUCUGAUGUGGGCCAGCUGCCGAAGGAGCUGCAAAAAGAUGUGGAGGACAUCAUGGAGCGGGUCGGAACGCGCUCCGUGCGCCAGAGGGGCUGGACGUCGACCAGUCGAUGUGCCACUGCUACGCACAGCGAAGCAGACGAGGACACCCCGAAGCUUCGCCGCUACAUCGAGAACAGAACCGAAUGCGAGGCCUUCUUGGACGACCGCGACCUUGCCAAGGAGCUGUUCCGAGGGCUGAUGAAUACCGGCGGGGAGACAUGCCGAAGUUCGCUGGAGUUCCAAGCCGAGCAGUGGAUGCUGUUGGGCAAAGACGUAGCGAACCACCCGGAGCUGGCGCGACAGCUGUCCCCUGGCACUCUGCAGAGCGUGCUGAACGAGGAGUACGAGCGGAAGAACACGGACCUCUUGGCCGAGCUCUCGUCUACCUUCGGGCUGGUGAACAGCUACGAGCACGACGGCAUCUACUGCCUUGCCAUGCACUCCCAGCAUUCUGAGCUCCUUGCAAGGGCCAACGCCAUC